UGAGGGCUGCAUGGGGCCGGGGCGGCGGCACCGCGGGAGGGCUGGGGUUGCACGGGGCUCUGCGCUCCGGGGCUGCCCGGCCCUGGCAAACGGCCGUGGCGGAGCCGGGAGCCUCCGGCACGGGGGAUCCGGGGGUGCCGGGACCGCCCGCGGCACCGCCCUGGCUGGCGCCGGGACCGUCCCGCUGUGCAGCCUUCGCGCCCCGUGUCUCCUGGCUGCAGGGCGCGGGGACCCGGUGCACGGAGACCUCGCGGACGAAGGUCACUACCUCUACCUGGACGAGGACGGACCGCUGGAGGUGCUGGCGGGGCCGGCCCGCUGCCAGGACACCUACCGGGACUGGAUCUCCCUGUACUGCUGGGCCCCCUUCCACGCCGCCAUCGCGGCCACCCCCGAGGGCAGCCGCUGCCGCUGGGACCGCAUCGGCAGCAUCUACGGCGAGCUCUCCAACUGCACGGCGGUGCUGGCGGAGGCACUGGCCUGCCCCUGGCCCAGCGCUGCGCUGGACGCCUUCUUCCUGCAGAUCCACGCCGAGUACUUCAGCGGCUGUGCCGGGGCUGGGGCCGCCCCGCCGGGCGGGCUGCCCCCGGGGCUGGCCGCGGCGCUGGCCGCGGGGCUCGGCUGCCUGGUCCCGCUCGCGGCCGCCCUCACGCUCAGCGGAGCCGGCAGAGCGGUGCCGAACCGCCCGGGCAGCGGCCCCGCGCCGCCCCGAGCCGAGCCGAGCGCCAGCCGCCUCCGCGCCGGCUCCGGGAGCGACCCGGCGGGGCCCCGAGGGGGCAGGGGGUGAGGGGCGGCGGGGGGGCGGGCUGUGCCCCGGCCCCCCGGGACGCGGCGCUGGCUGGGUGCGGGCGGCCGCCGGCCGCCUCGGCCCCGGGGCCGCGCUGACAUCACUGGGUGUCUCCCUGGCAAAGGCCCCGCCGCCGGGCCGAGGCCGGCUCCAGCCGCUCCGACAGCAAAGCGGGACGGGGCUCCGGCCCCGCGCCGAGCAGAGCCGCGCCGGCCCCUUGUGCGUUCCAGACGCGGCCGCGCUGGCGAGCGGUCCCGCCGGGCGCUGCGGCGGGCGGCGGGGGCGCGGCCCGGGGACGCGGGGCCGGUGCCGC